CCCCGAGCCGCGCGCACGUCUCCCCGCCGCCCGCCCGCCCAUGGAGCUCUUCGAGACCAACCCCUACUUCUUCCCGGACCAAAGAUUUUACGACGGGGAAAACUUCCUGGGCUCCCGCUUGCAGGGCUAUGAGCCGGCGGCUUUCCCGGAGCGGCCCGACGCGGCCCUGUGCGCCGAGGGCAGGCCGGGCGCGGAGGAGAAGGACUCGGGCCUGCCCGAGCACUGCCCGGGCCAAUGCCUGCCCUGGGCCUGCAAGGUCUGCAAGCGGAAGACGGUCUCCAUGGACCGGCGCCGGGCGGCCACGCUGCGGGAGAAGCGCAGGCUGAAGAAGGUGAACGAGGCCUUCGAGGCCCUGAAGCGCAGCACGCUGCUCAACCCCAACCAGCGGCUGCCCAAGGUGGAGAUCCUGCGCAGCGCCAUCCAGUACAUCGAGCGCCUGCAGACCCUGCUCAGCUCCCUCAACCAGCAGGAGCGGGAGCAGAGGGAGCUGCGCUUCCGCGGCGCGGCCGCCCAGCCGGGGGCGGCCAGCGAGUGUGGGUCCGGCAGCUCAUCCUGCAGCCCCGAGUGGAGCAACCAGCUGGAGUUCGGCAGCAAUCCCGCAGAUCACCUCUUGGCUGACGAUGCUUCGGAGGACCGCAACCUCCACUCCCUCUCCUCCAUCGUGGAGAGCAUCGCCGUGGAGGACGUGGCCGUGACGUUCCAGGAGGAGCGAGUUCAAAACUGAGCUGGCGGAAACCUCGGUGGCUCUUUGAGCUGGUAACAAGGUGGAAAUAAGACAGCGGAAUGGUCCAGCUGCUGGAAAAUGUAUUUACUUCUCCGGCGUCGUGGACUGCGCCGCUGAAACCACUCGCCUCCUUUCCUACUCCUUGCAAAAUGCUCCCGCUUGGCCAGCUAAAAAAAAAAAGGGGGAGAGAUGGGAUUUCGGCAGCGCCGUGUCCCCAUGCUGGUGGCAGCCCCAGUUCCCACGGGGGGCAGCCGGCUGGUGUGGGGUUUGUGUUUCGUUCCCCGUCCGGGGGUGUUCGUUUCCUUGGGGGCCAAUGUGUGUGUGUUGGGUUCGCUUUCUAAUUUUUCCAAGAUGCUCUUUGACCAACGUCUUUCACCAGCUGGCAUCUCGCGGGCAUCGAGGCCCGGCGGAGGCUGCCCUUGCCGUCUUUUCUACUGAGCACUGUGUGGAGUUGCCAUUUUUUUUUUAAUUAUUAUUUUUGCUAACUUAUUUGGAUUUUUUUUUUAAAUAAAGGCAUUCUUGUUUGAACAGG